UUCUGUAUGUAAACAAAGCGACUGAGGAAGUUUCCGCUUGACACGGAAACUAGCAUUCGGGAGCACGAACUGAAAGAAGUGGUUUUGCUGCCGUUUCAUGUAGAGGCUCGUCCCUGUCCUUCAUGGAGUCUCUCAACACGUUUGAAUCUGAAAUGGAAGCUGACGGACAGGGGAACUACUCCCUAUUUCCUGCCCUGGACAGCAUUGCAAGUCUAUCUGGGACCUCAGAAACUCUGGAGAGCGAACCACCCACGGAAAUUGCAGAGAAACCAAACCUUACAUGGCUCGAUGCUGCACAGAUUGUCUUGGAGGAAGCUGGACGCCCCAUGCACAUAAAGGAGAUUAAACAGAGAAUCAUCGACAGAGGACUUGUGCAAUCCAAUGCAAAAUCAAGCCUGGAAGCUGUCAUGUACCGUGAGACACAAAAAGGCAGCAGGAGAUUCAAGAGGAUUGAAAACAGAAAUGGAGUCUUUGCACUGCUGGAGCGGCAGCAGACCAUUCAGGCCUUCACUGUGCAGUCUUUCCUCGGCUCUCCUCAGCAGAAUACCAGUUCUGGCUCAGGUGCCUCGUUGCCCGCCUUCCCUACUCCCACCACUUCCUCUGAGCAUAAGGCCAAGAUGAAGAGAGGUCCACGAAAAAACCAGAACGAAAAGUACAGGCUCAAGUACCUCAGGCUGCGCAAAGCUGCUCGUGCUAUGAUAUUUGAGAAUGCAUCUCUCUGUGAUGAAGUUGCUCACUUAGAAGAGAAGUUUCUGAGAGCAAAGGAGGAACGCAGGUUCCUGCUGAAGUCGUUGCUGCAGUACCAGUCUGUGUCAGAGGGAGAGAUGCUGCCAACACCCAGCUCAAGCUGUCAUCCACCUGUGCCACCGGUGGCAUUAACCUCAGGUCCUGCAGGGGUUUCAGGCAUGUCUGGGUCUCAUAACCUGACAUCAGUGGUGUCAACUGGGGAGGAAGGGCUGCUUAAAAAACCCAAGAAGGAAAGGAAAGAACGAGGGAGGGAGAAUGGAAAGGAAGAACUUCCAAAGAAGAUGUCUAAGAAGAGGAAGCUAGCAGACGGGUCUCGGAAGCUGGUGCAGCCCAUCCCCCUCGACUCAUCUGGUCGCCCUGUCUUUCCCAUCGUACUGGGAGGGUUAACAGUUUACAGUCUGGGAGAGAUCAUCACGGACAGAAUGUUGUUCCAUGAUGAGUGUGCCAUCUACCCAGUGGGAUUCUGCAGCACACGGAUCUUUGCCAGCAUGAAAAACCCUGACCAGCAGUGUCUCUACACCUGCCAGAUCAAGGAUGGGGGAGCAGGUCCACAGUUUGAGAUAGUGCCAGAGGAAGAUCCUCAGAACGCCAUUGUGGCCUCCUCUGCCCUGAAGUGCCAUUCCAAUCUCCUGAAGGCUAUCGCAUCUGUCAGUUGCAAGUCUGUCGCUCCGAUUGUACCAUCAGGAGCGGACUUCUUUGGCUUCUCUCAUCCCACCAUACAGAACCUCAUCCAGAGUUGUCCUGGAGCUCGCAAGUGCAGCAAGUAAAUUCACUCUGGUUAAAUAAUUGUGGAUUUUCCAUAUCAAU